CUAGCUUUUUAUCUUUCCUCGGUUAAAUUUUUGUUUCCAGUAGUUUGCCUUCUUCCCCGUAAGCUUUACGUUUAAUGAAAACUUUCCCGCUGUUUCCUCAGCACUGUCACCAUCAGAGACCGAGUCCUCGUGCCUCGUAGUCGUAGCAGUCACUGCUGUUAGUAGGCUAGUGUUAGCCUACUGUUAGUGUUGGCGAAGUCUUGCAUCAGCACGGAACUAAAUAAGAAUAUUACUCAGCUGGUGCUAAACUAGAUCCCUAGUCUACAAUGAAUUUGGCACCAACGAGACACAGUGAAACUCAGUUACUACAACAAUCAUGAAAAGUUCAGAGGUCCGUGAUGCUUUUAUCAACUUUUUCAAGGAGAAGGAACAUCAAUAUGUUCACUCUUCGUCCACCAUUCCUCAUGAUGAUCCCACACUGCUGUUUGCAAAUGCCGGGAUGAAUCAGUUUAAGCCAAUUUUCCUGGGAGUUGUGGAUCCCAACAGUGACAUGGCCAAGUAUGUGCGAGUCGCCAACACUCAGAAAUGUGUGAGAGCUGGAGGCAAGCACAACGACCUGGAUGAUGUGGGCAAAGACGUCUACCACCACACGUUCUUUGAAAUGUUGGGAAACUGGUCUUUUGGGGAUUACUACAAGAAAGAGAUUUGCACCUGGGCAUAUGAGUUUCUUGUUGACCGCCUGAAGCUUGACAAUUCUCGUUUGUAUGUAACCUACUUUGGAGGGAAUGAAAAAGCUGGACUUGAACCUGACAACGAAGCCAGAGAUAUAUGGAUUAAGCUAGGAGUUGAUCCGGAGAAGGUGCUUCCUUUUGACAUGGGAGACAACUUCUGGGAAAUGGGAGAGACUGGACCAUGUGGACCGUGCUCCGAGAUUCACUAUGACCGUAUCGGUGGACGCAAUGCCAAGGAACUGGUCAAUAUGGACGAUCCAGAUGUUCUGGAGAUCUGGAAUCUUGUGUUUAUUCAGUAUAACAGAGAAACCGAUGGCUCUUUGAAAACCCUUCCCCGCAAACACAUCGACUGCGGUAUGGGAUUUGAGAGGAUGGUGUCUGUGGUUCAGGAUAAACCUUCCAACUAUGACACGGAUGUGUUUGUGCCUCUGUUUGAGGCAAUUCAAAAGGCGACUGGUUGCCCGGACUACCAAGGCCGGAUCGGGGCUGCAGACAAGGACGGUGUGGACAUGGCCUACAGGGUCCUGGCGGACCACGCUCGGACCAUCACCGUCACGCUGGCUGACGGCGGACGACCCGAUAACUCUGGCAGAGGUUAUGUUCUGAGGAGGAUUUUGCGCCGUGCAGUUCGGUACGCCACAGAAAAACUGAAUGCAAAGCCUGGGAUGUUUGCUUCAUUGGUGGACACAGUGGUGGAGUUACUGGGAGAUGCUUUUCCUGAAGUGAAGAAAGACCCUCAAGAGAUUAAAGAAAUCAUCAACGAGGAAGAGGCUCAGUUUUUGAAGACAUUGUCAAGAGGACGUCGCCUAUUGGAGAGGAGCAUCAAUAAAGUUGAUGGGAAAAUGCUUCCUGGUGACAUUGCGUGGAGACUUUAUGACACGUACGGUUUCCCUGUGGACUUGACUCUGCUUAUGGCGGAAGAGAAAGGAAUCGGGGUGGACAUGGAGUCUUUCGAGGAAGCCAAAAACCACUCUUUGCUCAUGUCCCAGGGUGUGAGUGGCACGAAGGAAGAUCUCAUCGGCCUUGACAUCCACGCGCUCAACGACUUGAACACACGCAAGGUGCCGCCCACAGAUGAUUCCCUCAAAUACUCUUAUCAGGCAGAUGAGCAGGGCAACUAUGUGUUUGAUGCCGCCACUGCCAAAAUCACGGGUCUGAGAUACAAUAAGGCAUUUGUGGAGUCCGUGAGCCCGGGACAAGAGUGUGGCAUCAUGCUGGACAGGACCUGCUUUUACGCUGAACAAGGUGGUCAAAUCUACGAUGAGGGUUUUAUUGUCAAGGCUGAUUCUGAGGAUGACGAGUUUCGAGUGAAGAAUGUUCAAGUUCGUGGAGGAUAUGUGCUGCACAUCGGUACUGCAGAAGGCAACUUCAAGAUUGGAGACUCUGUGAAACUCGGCAUUGAUGAGCCUCGCAGGUGUUCAGUGAUGAAGAACCACACAGCCACUCACAUCCUAAACUUUGCCCUGAGAGACGUGCUCAAGGAGACAGACCAGAAGGGUUCGCUGGUUGCUCCGGACAGGCUGCGCUUUGAUUUCUCUGCCAAGAGUGCCAUGAGUGUGAAAGAGGUAAAGGCAGCAGAAGAGAUUGUCAACAACAUGGUGAGCAGAAACGAGCUGGUGUACGCCAGGGAAACGCCAUUGGCCACUGCCAAAGCCAUCCAGGGUCUGCGCGCUGUCUUUGACGAGGUUUACCCCGACCCUGUGCGCGUGGUCUCCAUCGGUGUCUCCGUGGAAGAUCUGGAAGCUGACCCCACAGGCCCCGCAGGCUCGGUCACCACUGUGGAGUUUUGUGGAGGAACCCACUUGCAGCGUGCUGGCCACAUCGGGGAGUUUGUUAUCGUGACGGAGGAGGCUAUAUCUAAAGGUGUGAGGCGGAUCAUUGCUGUCACGGGUGUUGAAGCCCACAAGGCUGUUCACAGACAAGAGGUUCUCUCCAGAAAUGUGCAGGAGCUGAAGACGAAGGUGGAGGACAACCCGAAGACAAACGCUUUCACAGAUCGGGAACUCAACAAGCAGAUUAUCUCCCUAGAUGAUGAGAUUGCCCAGUCAAGUAUUUCUUACUGGAUGAGAGAUUCACUUCGUGGAGAGCUCAAAGGUCUGAAGAAGAAGAUGGACGACAUUGACAAAGCGAGGAAAGCCGCAGUUGUCAGCGGUGUCACGGAAGAGUCAAAGAAAAUGAUUGAAGCCAACCCCAACCAGAAGUUCAUUGUGCACGAGUUUAAAGCUGGAUCAAAUGCAAAGGCUUUGGAUGCUGCUAUGAAACAGUACAAGUCCCUCAGCCCCCAGACCUCCGCCAUGUUUUUCUCAGUGGACCAAGAUGCAGGCAAAAUUCUGUGCAUGAGCUGUGUGCCCAAGGAGACUGUCUCAACCGGCCUCAACGCAAAAGCCUGGGUGGACUCGGUCGUGCCUCUGAUUGCCGGGAAAGGAGGAGGGAAGGAACUGUCCGCUCAAGCCACUGGUACCAACACCGGCGCUCUCAGUGACGCCCUCAAAACUGCCUUAGAGUUUGCUCAGCUCAAGCUCUCGUGAUCUGCUCUUGUGCCGAGCUUCUCGUAACGUCGUCAGCGAGCUGUUCGAAUG